AUGCACGAUUGUACUUGUUACCAGUACGUGAAGUGUCUGUAUUGCAAAAAAGAUUCUUUAAAAUUUUCAUGUGAAUAUGAUAAAAACAUAUUACCUAUAACACAAAAUUAUACAAAAUUAGUUUCAUAUGCUUUUACAAUUUAUUAUAAUACAAAAUUUAAUGAUAAACAAAUUGAGAUUCUAAAAGAUUCAAAGAAAAAAUAUAAUUAUAAUACAGAGUUUACAGAAGAUUUCAAAUUUUCAUUUUGCUCUGCAUGUAAUAGUAAAUGGUAUUGUGUUGGUAAAACUAAAUCAACAAAAGCAAAGUUAACUAAAUUAACAAAAUCAAAAUCAACUAAAUCUAUAAGUUCUACUGCUACUGCUACUGAAUAUACAACUUUUGAAACUAAUUGUAUUAUCAACAUAUCUGAGACUGACCAACUUAUUGAUAGUCAUACAACUAAAAAAUAUAAUACUAAUAUAUCUAAAACCAAUGAGCUUAAUAAUUGCAUAACUUCUAAUACAAAUAAGCGUAUUAUUAAUUUAUUUAAAAUUAAUAAGCUUGACGAUUAUACUGUUUGUGAUAUCAAUAUAUUAGAAUAUGAUGAAUUAGAAGACCUUUUAAAUAAUGAGAUCGAAGAAUUAGAUUUAGAGAAUGAAAUGUUUAGAAGACAGUUAGACAA